UCUUUGUACAUUACCAGUAUGCAAGUCCCAGCUUCUGCGUAAGGUUCUAGCAAUACUCUGCCAGCAGCAGAACUAGAAAAGAAGCGAAUUCGAAGAAGCAAUGGCAAUAUUGAUGGAUGGAAAAGGGGUCUGAACCCCAAACUGAAAGCGAAAGAGAUGACCUCGAUGCCAUAGCCGCUCUCAAAGAAAAUACUGCUAUUGAACUCAAGGACAGGGUAACCAGUAUGUGAAGAUGGGCAAAAAGCACUUCGCUGAUGCCAUAGAUUGGUACACGAGAGCAAUAAAUCAGCAAGCUUUGAGUGACUCUGACACGGUGACACCUCUAUUCUCUUUUCCAAUAGGGCCCAUGUUAAUCUUUUACUUGGUAACUACAGACGUGCUCUUACUGAUGCUGAGGACUAAAUUAAGCUCUGUUCCACUAAUGUCAAGGUGUUCAAAUUUUUACCAUGUUAUUGUUCUCAGCUGGGCUUUGUUUGAAUAUUUAGUCUUUUUUAUUAUUUAUUUAAGCGAUAUGGGUUUUGAUGAUAGGCUUUGUACCGAGCUGCCAAAGCGUAUUUUGCAUUGAACUUGUUGCUUGAAUCAACUUUGCAUUGCCAAAAUGGGCUUAAGCAUGACCCAAGUAACGAAGAGCUAAAGAAGCUGUUAAGGCAAAUUGAGUCAAAGAAGAUGGAACAUGAACAGCGCUAAUGUUUAUUUCUUUGUUGAAACUAUGCAUGACCUUGUUUCCGCGAUCGAAAGUAGAGGGCUGAAAAUUGGGAAGGCAAUGUAUCAAGGACUUACAGGAUUAAGAAAGCCUGUAUUAGAUAAGAAUAAUAUUCUUCGUUGGCCAGUUCUUCUGCUGUAUGCAGAGGUUAUGUCCAGUGACUUCAUUGAGGAUUUCUGUGAGACUGAAAUGUUGUCAGCUAAUCUGGACAUGAUAUCCUUCUUUUAAAGUGUUCUGUUAUAUUUUAAAGUUGAAUUGCCUAUGAGUUUUCUAUGUAGCAUCCAAUGCUUUUGGAUAUAUGUGCAUUUUGUGUUUUCCGGAGCUUUCAAACAUGUUUUCAGAAAACUGCCCACCUUUGUCAUGGGAUCAGGAACACAAUUACACUCGUGAAGCUGUUGAAUUAUACUAUGAAGAGUUUCUCUGUCAAAACAAAGAUUCUUCAUUGUCUCUUAGAGGGCACUGCAGCUUCUCAUGUGGAAAACAUCGGUGAUGAGGAAAAGGAUGCAAAUAAGAAUUCUAAUGAUGGCAGCUCAGCAGGCAAAGGUUCCUCUAAAUGGGUGAAAGUAAAUGAGAAAAGAGCACUUCAUGAUGUUCUGAAAGAACCUAAAUUUGUUAUUCGAGGGAUCCCAGUGUUUUUUGUUGUUUCUAAACGUUCCAGCUUCUAUAAAGAGUUCAAAGCUGGGAAAUGGGCUCCUCCACCUUGAGUUGCUGGUUGGUUAUCUCUUGAAGAUGGGCGAUGUCUAUUACGAUACGAGUCAAAACUAGUGAUACAAGAAUGCUUGUGGUGAUGGCAACACUGCGAAGUCACAAGGUUGUACAAUUGAGAUAGCUUUCCAAAUUUUUGUAUUAUUAUUAGUUGAGCUAGUGCAUGUACCAAAAACAUGAAGACCCCAAUAUAGAAAUUUUUUUAAA